UAAAUAAAGUGAAAUUGUAUCUUUGCAGAUAACCUAAGAAGAGAAGUGAAAAACGACUUAGAAAGCAUGCAGGUAAGACAACAUCGAACAUGGCAAGAACGACAAACAUUUGGUGCAUGGGGACAGCAUGCUAGAAGAAGAAUUUUUACAGAAUAUGUAUCAAGACAGCCACUAUUUCAUUCAAAAUGUGACCAGUGUCAUGGUGAUUUGAACUUCUACGCUGUGAGAUGUAUGACCUGCAAAAGACACCUUUGCCAUCAAUGUGAUGCAAACACACACUCCAGCAUGCCAUUUCAUCGAAGACUAUUGUGUUCUUGCGAAACCCUGGAAACAUUACAGCCCCAUCAUUUUAUCGAUGAAGAAGGAAACAUUAUAACAAAAGAUGUUUGUUUACCAUGCUUUGUGCCUCUUAAAUGCUGUGAUGUAAAGUGCCUUGGAUCGAUGUCGCUUACACCCAAUCUCACAGAAUCAAUCGUGGUUGUCACUGAGCAAGGUCGGUUUCUGUUAAAGGGAACUAAUUUUGUUUGUGAUAGUUGCCAUACUGUUAGGAAAGCCACUAUCGACGACUAUAUAUUUUCUGGUUUUUUCCCUGCAAGUUUAUCAGAGAAAGUUACAUAUCUUUUUUCAGAAGAGGCACUUCUAUUAGGGUAUCACAUUUCCCACAAGUGUCCAGGUUCUUCAAAGAACAUGUACGCUCGCACUCUUGAAGACGUAUCUAAAGAAUAUGGACGGAAUGGACCGAUUAACGUACCGUUAUUUACUACUGCGGAAAGAGAGUGGGAAACCUGUCGCCACUAUAUUGACCAAGAAGUGCUGAAAAGAGACAAAACUCAUUGCCCAAGUUGUGGGAAAGAACCUUUAGUCAGAUCUUCUGACGCUAUCGUAAAAUUGAGGCGCUUAAGCUCGGCUGGAAAAGUGCACAAUCCAGAAAACGAAAGAACGUAA